GACUGUUAAAUCAUACCCACCACACUCUCUCUCCCUCUCUCUCUCUCUCUCCCAAAACCUUUUUCUCUCUCUAAAAAACCCCCCCAAAACACCAAGUUUGCACCUCCAAAAUCCCAGGGAAGUAAGAAAUCGCAAGGAAUCUCCAUUAUGCAUCAGCGAAUUUGAUCGAGAUCGGGAUCCGAUUGCUGCCUCGAUCUCGCUGUUGGAUUUCGUUAUGAAUAAUCGCAUAUAGGAAGAACUAGGAGGUGCACGCCUGGUGGAUUUGAAUACUCUUUAAUUUCCAUCUAAGAGAUGGCCUCAGUGAGUGUGGUGCCUUCAUCAGGGUUGAAAAAUGCCAGUACUAAUACUAUUGGCAUGGACAAAUUGCCAGAGGAGAUGAAUGACAUGAAAAUCAGAGAUGAUAAGGAAGUGGAAGCAACUGUAGUUGAUGGAAAUGGUACAGAAACUGGCCAUAUAAUUGUGACAACAAUUGGUGGAAGAAAUGGACAGCCGAAACAGACUAUAAGCUACAUGGCAGAGCGUGUUGUGGGACAUGGAUCGUUUGGGAUCGUCUUCCAGGCUAAGUGUCUGGAGACAGGUGAAACAGUUGCAAUUAAAAAGGUUCUUCAAGACAAAAGGUACAAGAACCGUGAGCUGCAGACAAUGAGGCUUCUUGACCAUCCAAAUGUUGUUGCUUUGAAGCAUUGCUUCUUUUCAACAACAGAAAAGGAUGAGCUUUACCUAAAUUUGGUUCUUGAGUAUGUGCCCGAGACUGUUCAUCGUGUAAUCAAACACUACAACAAGAUGAAUCAACGCAUGCCACUUAUAUAUGUCAAACUUUAUACUUAUCAGAUCUGUAGAGCAUUGGCUUACAUCCAUGGUAGCAUUGGGGUGUGCCACAGGGACAUCAAGCCACAGAACCUUCUGGUCAACCCACAUACCCACCAACUGAAGUUAUGUGACUUCGGAAGUGCAAAAGUUUUGGUGAAAGGAGAGCCAAAUAUAUCUUACAUUUGUUCCAGAUACUAUAGAGCUCCUGAGCUUAUAUUUGGUGCUACUGAGUAUACAACAGCAAUUGACAUUUGGUCUGCUGGUUGUGUUCUAGCUGAGCUCCUGCUGGGGCAGCCUUUAUUUCCUGGUGAAAGUGGAGUGGACCAGCUUGUUGAAAUAAUCAAGAUUCUAGGUACCCCAACAAGAGAAGAAAUCAAAUGCAUGAACCCUAAUUACACGGAAUUUAAAUUUCCUCAGAUCAAAGCACACCCAUGGCACAAGAUAUUCCACAAACGGAUGCCACCAGAAGCAGUGGAUCUUGUCUCAAGGCUUCUUCAGUACUCGCCUAACUUGCGAUGCACUGCUUUGGAGGCAUUAGUUCACCCUUUUUUUGACGAGCUUCGAGACCCGAACACUCGGUUGCCGAAUGGACGGUUCUUGCCUCCACUCUUUAAUUUCAAACCACAUGAGUUGAAGGGAAUUCCAGCGGAGAUUCUAGUGAAGCUCAUCCCUGAACAUGCAAGAAAGCAAUGCCCGUUUUUAGGUUUGUAAGAUGGCUUACUCGGAUGGAGAAUUUGAGUAGAAGCAUGAUCUUGCCAUUUUAGCAGCUAUCAUGUCGAACCUAAUGCUUUUAUAUUACCGUGUUUUCUUUCUUUCUUUUGUUGCGUGUAUGGGGAUCCUUGCUAUGUAAAGCAGAUGGAGAAGUAUGUCUUCUAAUCUUCUGAAAACUUUGAUGUGCCUGCUAACUACCCCUGCUUCCCAUCUUUUACCCACACGGAAGAUUGUAACAUUAUAGAGGAUAAAAUAUUGUGUUUAUUUAGGUGCUUUUCUUUUGGUUUUAUGAGACAACUGUGUUCAGUACUGCUUCGACGGAGGCGAACUCAUGAAUGGCCAUGAAGUUGAAGUGUUUAUGUUUCAGUUUUAUUUUUUUACUUGUUGCACUAGAACCAUAUGUUGUGUCAGCUCUGUAUUGAAUCUGGCUCAUCAAAAUGUUAUGGAUUUGUAUGCUUUCCACCAAUAUUUCAGUUAUGGUGUUUCUUGUUCUUGCAUUGCA